GGCGGGCAGUAUUGAAACUCUCUAUAUAUUGCACUUCAAAUAUGCAUUGUUUAUCAGCAAAGAGUAUGGCUUCCAAACCAGGACUCCUCACGGACUGGCCAUGGAAACACCUUGGGAGCUUCAAGUAUGUGGUUUUAGCCCCUUGGGUGGUUCAUAGCAUAUACUCAUACAUAGUGAAGGAUGAAAAUGAGAGGGACCUUUCCAACUUACUCAUAUUCCCAUUGCUGCUGUGGAGGAUGCUUCAUAACCAAAUAUGGAUUACUCUCUCUCGCUACCGAACCGCCAAAGGCAAUAGUAGGAUUGUUGACAAGAGCAUUGAAUUCGAGCAAGUGGACAGAGAAAGGAACUGGGAUGAUCAAAUCAUAUUUAAUGGAAUACUAUACUAUUUGGGUAAUAUGGCACUAAAAGGAGGCUCUCACCUACCAAUUUGGAGAACAGAGGGUGUGAUCAUCAUUAUUUUGCUUCAUAUUGGACCUGUGGAAUUCCUCUACUAUUGGUUACACAGAGCACUGCAUCAUCACUAUCUCUACUCUCGUUACCAUUCUCAUCAUCAUUCCUCCGUUGUCACUGAGCCCAUUACAUCUGUGAUUCAUCCAUUUGCUGAACACAUAGCAUAUUUCAUACUCUUUGCAAUACCAAUGUUGACAGUGGCGAACACAGGAACAGGUUCUGUGGCUUCAUUUGCUGGUUAUAUAACCUACAUUGAUUUCAUGAACAACAUGGGACACUGCAACUUUGAGCUCAUCCCCAAGAGACUUUUCUCCAUUUUCCCCCCACUCAAAUACCUUAUGUAUACACCCACGUUUCAUUCUCUACAUCACACUCAAUUUCGAACCAACUACUCUCUCUUCGUGCCAUUCUAUGACUACAUUUAUGGUACCACCGACAAGUCAACAGAUGCAUUAUAUGAAACUUCACUCCAUAGACCAGAGGAGUCACCUGAUGUGGUGCACCUGACCCAUCUAACCACGCCCGAGUCCAUCUAUCAUAUGCGCCUUGGGUUCGCCUCUUUGGCCUCUAAGCCUCUCACAUCCAAAUGGUACUUGUGGCUCAUGUGGCCUCUCACACUUUGGUCCAUGAUGCUCACUUGGAUUUAUGGUAAAACAUUUGUUGUUGAGAGAAAUAUUUUCAAUAAUCUCAAAUUGCAGACUUGGGCCAUACCAAAGUACAAUGUACAAUACUUUAUCAAUUGGCAAAGAGAGUCUAUAAAUAGCUUGAUUGAGGAGGCUAUAUUAGAAGCUGAAGAAAGAGGCACUGAUGUGUUGAGCUUAGGUCUUCUUAACCAGGGGGAGGAGCUUAAUGGAAAUGGUGAGCUGUACAUCCGGAGGCACCCACAGCUUAAAGUGAAGGUGGUGGAUGGGAGUAGCUUAGCAGUGGCUGUUGUGCUAAACAGCAUACCUGAAGGAACAACCAAACUACUCCUUAAUGCCAAAUUAUCCAAAGUUGCUUAUUCAAUAGCUUUUGCAUUAUGCCAAAGGGGAAUACAGGUAGCCACAUUACACAUGGAUGAGUAUAACAAACUUAAAGCAAAUCUUGGAACUGAGGCUGCAAAUAAUUUGGUCCUAUCAAAAAUUUGUACUCAAAAGAUAUGGUUGGUGGGAGAGGGAUUGACUGAAGAAGAACAAUGGGAGGCACCAAAAGGGACAUUGUUCAUUCCAAUCUCGCCAUUUCCUCCAAUGAAACUGCGAAAAGACUGCUUCUACUACCACACACCAGCGAUGCUGACUCCCAACUAUCUCGAGAAUGUGGACUCGUGUGAGAAUUGGCUGCCAAGAAGGGUGAUGAGUGCAUGGCGAAUAGCUGGGAUAGUGCAUGGUUUAGAAGGAUGGAAUGUGAAUGAGUGCGGUAACUCCAUCUUCAACGUUGACCAAGUUUGGAAAGCCAGUCUUCGACAUGGGUUUCUUCCUUUGAAGAUGUCCAUGGACUCCAAGCCUUUUUAAUUAGACUAUAUAUAUAUAUAUUUAUAUAUAUGCGUCAGCUCUUGUUGUGUUCUGCAAAUGAUGGAUGUGAUUUGGUAUCUAUGACUAGUAUUAAGCCCCUUUGGAUCUAUCUCUCAAUAAAACUAAUAGACUCUAGAGUUUUUUUAUUUUUUAUUUUUUAUUUUGAAAGAUGAAGGUAAUUUUAUAGAUAGAACAUGAAAUGUACAUUGCAAGUUAGCCCAAGCUAACCAAAUGAGAACCAGCCCAAAGAGUUUCAGGCCCAAAGCCGAAGACAGCCUAAAGAGUAAACAAAGGAGACCGUUGCAGGUCACAGCACUCUGCAGUGAUCAUGGAGAUGAUGUCCACUCCACGCAUCAAUUCCAGUCAGGAGGUUUGGCCCGAGGACGGAUGACUGAAGAUGGAAGGUCCCAUUCUUCGAUAAUACGUACGCCUGGCAUUUGACGAUUCCAUGAUCGUUGUAGACAUGAGCUUCAGUCUAAUCGUGUCCAGUGUUUGAUGAAGCUGUGAAUUUUUGGAGAGAGACUUCCUCUUGAAGAUCCUUCUGUUGCGCUCCAUCCAUAUACUAUAAACAAGUGCAGACAGAGCUAGUUUUGCAAUUGAGUUGUUGUAGAACCCUAAGUUGCAUCGCCAGUGUUGAGAUGCCCAAUUGAUAAGGUUUGGCCAUGAGGAUGGUUGUAUGUGGAACCCACAUCUUGCUUGAAGAAAUGUCCACAAGGGUUUUGUGUAA